AUGUCGGCCUCUAUGCGUAACGCCAUUCAGAGGCGUCCUCACCGCGAGCGAGCCCAGCCCCACGAACGCCGCCACCUCGGUAUCCUAGAGAAGCACAAGGACUACUCCCUCCGCGCCAAAGACUACAACAAGAAGAAGGCCCACCUCAAAGCCCUCCGCCUCAAAGCCUCGGAGCGCAACGAAGAUGAAUUCUACUUUGGCAUGCACUCCCGCAAGGCCCGGCUCCGCCAUCGACGUGGCGUACGUGCGGACGGUGGCCAACGUGGUGCGGAAGGAGGUGACGGAGCUUCGGCGGAGGGUCGUGAUGGCGGGGGCAGUGCGGCGGCGGCCGACGGCGCCGUCUCCUCCGUGCCGACGAAAAUCAUAUUUGCCGAGGGCGUGGAAGAGCGGGAGGAGAUGCUGAGGGCCAAUGUCGGGACGGGCGCUCCCGCGCUGGACGAGGACGACCUUGGCGCGUUUGGCGAGGAUGACCGCGCGCUCGAGGAGAGUGACGAGGGCGGCGCGGGUCCUCAGGGGGCGAGAUUAGCAAGCAGGAGCCUCCGCAAGGUGGAAGCGUAUCUCGAGGUCCAGCAGGCCAAGAUGGCCAAGACGGCUACUUCGGGCGGAUCUACAAGGAAAGGCAAGAAGCUCAUGGUUCGCAAGAGGAAGAAGUAG